UAGACUGCGCCGCACCGGGCAGGCUCCCCGCUCGCAGCGGCCGCCGAGCGGCGCGAGGAUGGCCCUGCCCGCCGCCCCGCCGUUCUGGGGCAGCCGCAGCCGCGCCCUCGAGCGGCAGAUCGUGCGCCAGCGGGAGCAGGAGGCCCGCCUGCGCCGGCAGUGGGAGCUGCACAGCCUCUCCUUCCGGCAGGCCGGGCUCCGCAGCCGCAAGCAGGCCGAGUGGAGCUCGCGCCGCUCCUUCCAGCAGAGCAUGGAGGCGCACGGCCGGGAGCGGCUGAAGGCGGAGAAGGCGGCCGGCCUGGAGCGGAGGCGCCGGCAGCUGCGGGAGCUGCUCUUCCGCGAGCGCGAGGGGCUGGCGGCCGAGCUGAGGGCGCUGCGGCCCGGCGGGGGGGCCGGCCUGGAGGAGCAGCGGCGGCGCGGCGAGGAGCUGCGCUCGGCCCGGGAGGAGCGGCGGAAGCAGGUCGCGGAGGAGCGUCUCUACGAGUGCUGGAAGAACAGCAGCGCGAAGCUCCGAGAGGUGAGCUCCGAGCUGCACAAGAAGCACCUGGUGGAGGCCUGGGGGGACCAGCUGGCGCACAAGCAACAGCUUGAAGCGGCGGACCGGGAAGAGAAACUCCGCUCCGAGAACCGGUACGAGAGGGCCCGCCAAGAAGCACUGGAGAGGCUGAAGCAGGAGGAAAAGCGGAGGAAGCAGGAGGAGGAGAAGCAGGCAGAGUUCCUGCUGCAGCAGAUGGAAGCACUGCAGCUGCGGGAGGUGGAGGCCACCAAGCUGAAGGAGGAGGAGGAGAACCUGCUGAAGCAGCGCUGGGAGCUGCAGGCGCUGAAAGCGGAGCGGAAGCUCGAGGAUGAGCGCCGGAGGAAGGUGGAGCUUGGGUGCUUCCUGAAGCAUCAGUACCAUGCCCAGCUGAGGAGGCGGGCUCAGCAGGUCCAGGAAGAGCUGGAGAAGGACAGGCGGAUCCUCCUGGCCCUGUCUGAGAAGGACAACGAGGACCAGCGCCUGCAGUCUGUGCGGCAGGAGGAAGCCAUGGCCACAGCGGCCUGGAUGAGGGCGGUCGUUGAGCAGCAGCUGCAGCUGGAGCGGGAGCGGGAGGCUGAGCUGGAGACCGUCUUCAGGGAGGAGGCCAAGCAGGUGUGGGAGAGGCGAGAGGAGGAGUGGGAGAGCGAGCGGAAGGCCCGGGACAGGCUCAUGGCAGAGGUCCUGGCCGAGAGGGCCCAGCAGAUCCAGGAGAAGGUGGAGCAGAACAGGCAGGCCCAGCAGGAGUCCGUGAUGCUCCGGGAACAGCUGAUCCAGGAACUCGAGGAGGCCAAGCGGCUGACACAGCAAGAGCAGGAGGAGGUGGCUGAGCAGAAGACUGCCCGCAAGCAGGAGCUGCAGGCCCAGCUCACGGAGCGGCAGCUGCGGGAGGAGGAAGAACGGCAGCACCAGCGGGAUGUGGCGGCAGAGGCCCAGCUGCAGGCGCAGCACAACGAGCGGCUGGAGGCGCUGGAGGCCAGGCGCAUGGCAGAGGCGGGUUAUCACAGCCAGAGCCAAGGCCGCCCCAAAAGCGCCUGGACCUAAGGCGGCGAGAGAGGGACAGCCUGUGCUCCCGGCCUGGGUGGCUGAAACCCACCUGCCCGCUGCUUCUUGCCAGAGCGAAACCACCCGGGCACUGACAGCCUACUUGGAGCUGGCAGGAUGGUGCGGGUCCUUUGCUGUGAGAGGGUCACAGGAACGGUGGCUCCCCGGGAGAGGCUCAGAGGGUGGUGGACUGGCUCACCCCAGAAGCAGGAGGAGCAUUCCCAGGUCACUCAGUCCUCCUUCCUGCCUUCUCCAGAGCAGCAGCCAUUACCUGGUCGCUGUCGCCUCUGCGAAGGAAGGAAGGGUGGCGAUGAAGAUCAGUGGGAUGCUUAAGGGAUCAAUAAAGUGCUGUUUUCCUUUUUUAACUGAUUUCCCUCUGGCCUAGUGCUAACCAGAAAUGAUGGCAAGAGAUGGGCAGACAGACACAGGGGAAGGCAGUCAGAGGACCGUUCUACCUAUUUUUAACACCGAAAUAGUACAACACAUUCAAAAUA